AUGACCCAGAACAUGGUGCCAGACCGCAGCGGAUCAGAGACAGCCCGGGAUCUGGUGGAAGCCCCGGGAUUCUUUCCUGGAAGCUCCCAAGGCUGCGACGCCUUCCUCCGCCACAAGAUGACGCUGAUUUCUCCAUCCAUCCUGAAGAAAUACGGCAUUCCCUUUGACAGGAUAACUCAGAACGAAGGAGAGUUCAUGGUCACCUUCCCUUAUGGCUACCAUGCCGGCUUCAACCACGGCUUCAACUGUGCUGAGUCCACAAACUUCGCCACCCUGCGCUGGGUGGACUACGGCAAGAUGGCUACCCAGUGCUCCUGCCGUAAGGACAUGGUGAAGAUCUCCAUGGAUGUGUUUGUGCGCUGCCUGCAGCCAGAUCGCUACGAGCUGUGGAAGCAGGGCAAAGACGCCACGGUGCUGGAUCACCUUAAGGCCACGGUGCUCAGCAGCCCUGAGCUAGAGCGCUGGAGGCAGGAUCGUGUAACCAUGCGCGAAAACCUCCUGAGGAGGGCCAUGCAGAAAAUGAAGCAGUUCCGUCGUCUGAAGCUGGAGGAGGUGAAGGUGCUGGCUGAGGAUGGCAUUGAGCUGAACGCGGCUGAAUACCAGCGCCAGGUGGAGGAGCGCGAGGCCCAGCGGAGGCAGGAGAGAGAGGAGCGCUUGGCCCGAGAGGCGCUGCUGACCCUCGAGGCUAUGGAGCGCGAGGAGCAGGAGGCUGCUGAGGCGGCCGCUAAAGCUGCAGAGUUUCCAGCUCCAGAGGCUCAAGAACUGGACACCAAACCCCCGAACUUGUUGGAGGACUUUGAGAAAAAGAAGCAGAAGAAGACAAAGAAGGCGGCAAGCGCCAUGGUCGGGUUUCAGGAAGCAUUCGAGCAGUUUGCGACAUCCAAUGGGAAGAAUCCAUCCAACAGCGUUCCCACUCAGGAGGAGGUGACCCCUUUCAUCCCAGCAGACACCAAACCGGAUGCGUGUUACUCCAAGAUGAAGAUGCUAACGGAGGUCAAAAAGAGUCGCCGUCAUCCUCUCAGCAAACCGCCCAUGCGCUCUCCGCUGUCCCUCGUCAAGAAAGAACCAUCAGGUGAUCAAGAGCUGCCCUCCCCGAUGCCGAUGGACAACGACAUGAAGAAGCAGGAGCAUCUGUGGCAGAAUCACUCCCCCAACUUCCUGGCAGAGAAAGCCUUUAAUAACGCAGUGGCAGCUCUUCAACCACACUGUUCUAUCUGCUCGCUCUUCUGUCCCUACGCAAAGCCACAGAAAGACUUAAUGAAUCCAAAUGAACCGCAGCGCCACUCCAUCCCCCGUCCUGGCAGCCGCACCCGUCCACUGGUGUCCGAGAUGUGCUUCAGCGUCAGCGCCGGCAACACCGAGCCGUCACCCACCAACUACAACACCGGAGAGGACGGAACCAGUCCUCUGCUGUGCUGCUCAUCCUGCGACAUGCAGGUCCACGCCAGUUGUUACGGUGUGAAACCAGACUCUGCCAGAGAUCCCUGGAUGUGCUCCAGGUGUGCAGCAGGAGCCUGGACGGUGGAGUGUUGUCUCUGUAACCUGAGGGGAGGAGCUCUGAAGACUACGACUGACAACCGGUGGGUCCACGUCAUCUGUGCUAUAGCCGUUGCUGAAGCCCGCUUUGUGAACCCCACUGAGAGGGAGCCGGUGGACGUCACUGCUGUUCCUGAAUCUCGCAAAGAUCUGAAGUGCGUCUUCUGCCACAGCAACAACGCCGAUCAGAACCGCGGCGCCUGCAUCCAGUGCUCAAACGGGAACUGCGCCACCUCCUUCCACGUCACCUGCGCCCAAAUCGCCGGAGUCGUCAUGAAGCCGGCCGACUGGCCGUACGUGGUGUCGGUCACCUGUCACAGGCAUAAACGCGUCCCUCCGAAGCUUCGGCCGGCUCCCAAAACCCCUCAAGGUCCGAUCCUGGGUCAGAGGGUGAUCGGGCGCAGCGUGGACGGCUGGUACUACCACUGUAACAUCAUCGGCAUGGCAACGCAGACGUUCUACGAGGUCAACUUUGACGACGGCUCGUACUGCGACAACCUCCACCCCGAGAACAUAUUAAGUCAUGACUGCCUGCGCAGCGGUCCUCCUGAGGCAGGAGAGUUGAUCGUGGUCAGCACGCCGGACGGGAAAGACCUGAAUGCUUCCUUCGUCAGGCAGCACACCCACAAGUUCUAUCAGGUGGAGUUUCAGGACCAGACUCAGCUGAUGUUAAAACACUCCGAGAUCCAUCAGCUGGACCAGGAACUGCCGAAGAGAGUCCGAGCCAGACUGGCCAUCCCUGCCCCCCAGGAGGAGACCCCCUCAGCCGAUGAAGCCCAGGCAGCCAAACGCCCCCGCCUGCCCUCCAACAACGCCGCCGCCGCCGCAGCAGCAGCAGCCCCGCCUGCCCACACUCCCAUGGACACCACCUCAACCCCGGCCCGUCCCCACCCUGCCGCCCCGUUAGCGGCACCACCACCACCAGCAGCAGCAGCACAUCACCACAGUAUUAACACACCGCAGACCUCACAACCCGUCUCCCACCCCGCCGAGACCCCAAUGGACACGAGCCUCGCCCUCACCCACGCUUUAACCCGAUCAACACUGGCCUCAGACCCCACCCUGACUCCGCAGUCCAUCCCUUUCGAGUCCACGUUGAACUCUGACCCCCUCCUGUCCGCUCCGUCCCCUCCCCUGCCGCCGCAGCACAUGUCCGACAGCUACAUGCCCAGCAGCGGGUACGUGUCCUACAUGGAGACGCUGCUCAACUCACACUUCCCUCAGGACCACAACCCCGGACCCUUGUAUUAAAAAAAAAAAAACAACCACCUCCUCAGUGAUUGGAGGGCCGGCUGAGCCAAUAAGAAGUAAGCUAACAGAGGUCGAUGGUGACGAGUGCGACGAACGGACAGAGACGUUUUCCUCACGGACACUCGAGCACUCUUUUAAUGCAUGUUACUUUUCUAUUUUUGGGUAAAUGUAUUUGCAGUGGUGCUUUAGCUUUUUUCUGACGCCACAGCUGAAGAGGACACCGUUUUUAUUUGAAUUGUAACAUUAUUAUUAUCAUUAUUAUUAUUAUUGUUUGUUGUUGUUUUCUAGGCCUUUUUGUUUUUUGCUUUCGGUCGAUGAGCUGCUGAGCUUCUCUUCUCCAUCUAAUUCUGAAUGGGUGGUAUCAACUCCAUACCUCGUCGUGUUAAUCCAAUAACAGCACACUCCCGUUUGUUUCUUUGUACAGGAAGCUAAUUACGAUGACUGCCUCUCGGCGUGGAGGCCGCAGACUUCACUUCUUCCUUCUUUUCUUUUUCUACAAUCAAAGAACCAGCAAUUAAAUAUCUAUUUUUCAACGCAGCCUCUCGUGGCUUUCGAAAAAAAAAAAACUUCUGGUGGAAGUAUCACGUCACGUCGUUCAUCUUCAGGAUGUUCUUUCCUUGUUUUCAUAUUUCAAGAGGUGAUCAUGGGAACGGGGGUUUAAAACAAAAGAAGAAGAAGAAGAAGAAGAAGAAGAAGAAGUGUAUGUAGGGGGGAACUCAGUAUUUAAAUGUCUUAGUCAAAUAUUGAAAGAAUUAUUUGUAAUAGAAGAAACUUGUUGAAUGCAAACACUAUUAGACUCGUCUGCAGGAUGCGUUGGAGUUUUCGUGUCACCGUAGUUAACAGACCUUUAUGUAUUGACGUCAUUUAAUAAGCAGUCAUGUGGCGGCGGCUCCGCUUUUCUCACACACAUACACACACACACACACCCCAAAAACUGUCUCAGGGUUCCUACAUGUGGGGAAAAAAAAAUCAGUUUUAACAUCUUAGCCUUCAUUAAAGAUUAGAGCAGCCCUCUGAUGAAUCCACAGUCACAUGACUCUCCGUUCUGUGCUCCUUUUAACAGUAAGCUCUUUAUAGUGACUGUUUGUUUACGCCCACAUAUCUCCUGUUAGCACAUGAGCUGGCCAAAAACUAUCAAGUCCAUUUAAAGGCUGGGAAGUUUGGGAAAUGUAUGAUAUUCAGAAGAAGACGAUGAUGAUGUAGGAACCCUUUAAAACUUUGAAUUCUUUGAAUCUUUAUUGGUUUAAAUGUAUAAAUCAAUAUUGUGCAUUAAUUAAUGUGUUUUUCUCUCCCUGUUCUUUUUCCUGAACUGAACUCACACACUUGGCCAAUCUAAGUAACCUCCCUCUGGAUUCUUCCCCCCUUCCUUCCUUCCCCCCUUCCUUCCUUCCUUCCUUCCUUCCUUCCUUUCCUCCUUUCUUUCUUGUCCCGGAUGUUUUAAGCUAAAGAAAGUGCUACAGAGAUAUUCUAAACUACUGAUUUACUUUAUUCCCAACACUGUCACCUUGUACAUACCGCAGGCCUCGUGUAAUGUGAUUCAAAUUUGUAAAUGUCAUGUAUAUGUUCUCCUUUUUUUUCUUUUUGUCAUCACAACUGAAAAGUUGGAGCACGUCGGUGUUCCUGUAUCCAAAUGAUAUCAAAAAGUUAUUUCAUAGGGAUUAAAGUGGGUUGCUAGUCGCCA